UUAUCACAAUAGUAUUGGAAAAGGCGAACGGCUUACGGCAGGCGAAUCCAUCCCCUAGGAGGCGGUCGGCGCAUGCGCGGCGCCACGACACCCGCCGCAGUACAAAUCCAAGACUCGUAGUCAGCGCACGUAGCAACGCCUACGAACCCGUAGCGGCGCCGUAGCUCGUAGCACCCUCUAAUGACUUACAACACUUCAAGUGCUAAAGUGAUUUGAAAGUGAACAUUACAGUGUAGGUAAUAAAGGGAGGCAACGACAUUUUGUGCUUUUCCGUUUGGGAUAAGUUUCGAUGAAGUAAUAAUAUAAGGAACACGAAUAACGGCCGUAACAAAGUUCCCUUUGUUUGUUGUGUGGCUCUGUUUGCUUCGGGAUUUUCGGCGAAUUUAAGUAAUUUCGUAACAAGGUAUAAAGCAGACGGAAUGUUGAACGAAGAGGCGGUGGCGCGGUGAAGGUGGAGGCGACAUGAGCGCGGUCACGCUGCGGGCGGACGGCGCGGGCGACUCAACGCCCGGCUCCGACGUCGGCGAGCGGAUCACGCGUCUCUUCCCCAAGUGCCGCCCUAAGAACAUGCAGCACCAGCACGAUAGAUUAAACUCCGGCCUGGAGGCCCGAGACGCGAACAAUGCCUCCUCCGACGAGGAGAGAGGCGACGGCCAGCUCGUCAUUCUCAACUCCAAAGGCGGAACAUACAAACUCAGAGAUUCUAGGAUAAUAGAAAUCGCAGGAGGUCGCGAGCUGUACUCUCAGAGUCGAACGAAAGCAGUGCGUAAGUUAAGGCACAACAACACCCACAAACACAACUUGAGGAACAAGGUGCGGUCCCUUGGCAAAGACACCAUCGACCACGGAGUCGACAAUAUUAACAAUGAGAUUUCCAUUCACAGACUGAACAGUGAACAAAAGAAAAUCAUCCGACACACGUCCCCUACGUAUACGAAUGGCGACCGUGACCCUAUCGAACAGAACUCCAUGGGAAUACCAAAGAAUAGCUCACCAAUACUGGACCCCCAUAAGACGACCGAUGUCAGCACGAAAAGCAGUCCCAUAGCCGUGGUCGCUGAUGGAGAAGUCAUGGUGCUCGAUGAGAACGAUGAUUGGAAAGUGAUAUUGAAUUCUGUGUCCCUAGGUUUGAGGACCGAACCGGACCCUAGUGACAAUGACAUUGACAUGAGUGUUAAAAGAACUAUAGAUCAUAUCAAAAAUGGUGAUAGUGAUAUGUUGAACAACAAGAGUGAAAUGAGUUGUGACGGCGCCAGUGAUUCGUCUCGUUCGGGUGAGGAUAUGAGGAAUGUCAGUCCUUCGGGGGUUUGGAUGUCGGGCGACGAGGAUAAGGGCAGGGUGACGCGCGUCAUCGGAGAACUGCCGAUUGCGGAAUACGAGGGAUCGCCGCGGAGGUACGGGGUCGGAACUCAGAAGACGACCAGGUCACCGAGGCCUGGAUUUCCGCAGCGAGUAGUGACAGAGAGCAGGGAUAUCACCCCACCAGGCAGUUCGACGGCUUUCGACUACCUCUACGAGUUCUCGGAGACGAGGAAGGUUCUGGAGGAGUUCUUCAGAUGUCCCACGUUGCCAGUGCAGACGCAACUCAACGCUAACGACGAGGUCGUCAAUUUUCAGGAUUUGGACUACGAACUGAAGCGUCAGACGCAGGAGUGCCCCUCGGAGAACGGAAUGGACGGUAGCGAGUCGGAAUGGCCCCAAGUGACCGAACCGCUUGACUCACCGCACACUGUCAACAAUCACACUAAUUUCCUCGGGCUACAGCAACAGAGAUCUGUGUACACGGAGCCGAUCGUCCACGGGCUGACCGCGGAGGGCGCGUGGAGCGGCUCCGGGUCGCCGGGCGCGCGCCGCCUCCCCUUCGCGCUGUCCACGGACUCCAGCGAGACCGGGAGCGAGAUGUCGCUGAUGCCCGUCGACACGCAGCUCUCCGACGUAAAAGGACUCGGGAUACGAACUCAGAACUCGGAGACGAGAAUGUCCAUAAUGGAAAAUGAACUUUCUGAAAUGAAAGUACAAAUGGAUGCCAGUCGCGCCGGCGUCGUGACGAAGCUGCCAUUGGUCGAAGACGGCCUAUCCUCCGGCCACGCUUCCGACAAUGACAAUAACAAUCAAAUGCAACAGACUCAUUCGGUCGUAAUAACGGAAAUCGUAGAGAACGGAACCAGCACGGAACCCCACUUACUGUCGGACGCCGAUCUACAUUCUUUAGAUCCACUCGUGGCGUGCGGCGAAGCGGCUCCCCCGCCCCCCGCGCCGGCGCCUCACCGCCCCGCCGCCUCCCCGCCCUCCGCGCACCAAGACGUCUACCCUUCAAGGAAAAGGCCUGCCUCGCCUCAAAGCACUGAAUCCGUUGAAAUCAAACCUCCAAGCGGCGACGAAGACGAAGCUGAUACCGAUCUCGAAACCGAUCGGCUGCUCGGUCAGCAGAGGACCGACGACCAGGGCUUCUUCGACGAUAAAGGUUGGCGGAAACCGAAAUCCCGGACGGUGAUGCCCGCGGGCAGCGGGUCCGGCUCGGCGCGCUCCCCGCCUCACGCUCACGACGCCGCCGACAACAAAGACGAGGAGAAUCUUCAUAAUGGAAAGGACAAAGACGGAAAGAAGAAGAGCAAAAACAAGGAAGAAACAAUACGUUCAGUUCUGAUCGAAGGUGUCUUAUUCCGAGCUCGUUACCUCGGCUCCACCCAGCUCGCUUGCGAGGGUCAGCCGACGAAGGCAACUCGGAUGCUCCAGGCCGAAGAAGCGGUCUCCAGGAUUAAGGCAUUGGCACCCGAGGGCGAGAACCAACCGAGCACCGAAGUGGAUCUGUUCAUUUCAACGGAAAAAAUAAUGGUUUUAAACACGGAACUGAAAGAGAUCAUGAUGGACCAUGCCCUCAGAACGAUAUCGUACAUCGCCGAUAUAGGGGACCUGGUGGUUCUGAUGGCGAGGCGACGUUUCGUUCCGCACGAAAAUGAUUCCGAUCAACCGAAACUGAACCGUACGCCGAAGAUGAUAUGUCACGUUUUUGAGAGCGAGGAGGCCCAAUUCAUAGCGCAGUCGAUUGGCCAAGCGUUCCAAGUGGCCUACAUGGAGUUCUUAAAGGCAAACGGAAUCGAAGACCACAGCUUCGUCAAGGAGAUGGAUUAUCAAGAGGUGCUGAACAGUCAGGAGAUAUUCGGUGAUGAACUCCAGAUGUUCGCGAAAAAGGAAUUGCAAAAAGAGGUGGUAGUACCGAAGACUAAAGGCGAGAUCCUGGGCGUGGUGGUGGUGGAGUCCGGGUGGGGCUCCAUGCUGCCCACCGUGGUCAUCGCCAACCUCGCGCCCGCCGGCGCCGCCGCGCGCUGCGGACAACUCAACAUAGGCGAUCAAAUAAUAGCAAUUAAUGGAGUAAGCCUCGUCGGUCUGCCUCUGUCGACCUGUCAAACUUACAUAAAGAACUCUAAAAACCAAACUGUAGUGAAACUUACCGUGGUACCGUGCGCUCCCGUCGUUGAGGUCAAGAUAAAACGGCCGGACACUAAAUACCAAUUAGGCUUUAGCGUUCAAAAUGGUGUGAUAUGCAGCUUACUCCGCGGCGGCAUAGCGGAGCGCGGCGGCGUGCGCGUGGGACAUCGCAUCAUCGAGAUCAACUCGCAGAGCGUGGUCGCCGUGCCGCAUGAGAGGAUCGUCAACCUGCUCGCCACCUCCGUCGGAGAGAUCUUAAUGAAAACGAUGCCGACGUCGAUGUUCAGACUGUUGACUGGCCAGGAGAAUCCGGUGUUCAUAUAACCGCGCGCGCCGACCACACACAAGUGCCUGCUUCACCCACACAGCCUCCUCAACCGCUGCAACUCACCCUCGGAUCGUAUCUUACCCUUAGAAUAUUCACUACUGAAUUAUUGUCAUGAAAAUUUCAGCCAAUGCUUCCAUAAGUAAAAUUAUCAAUAGUUGCGGACAAGGUCUCUUUAUAUUUCAAGUAAGUAGCGUUGGUACACACUCCACCAGCAUUCAGAGACGUAACGCGUUUGUUUCACUUGGCUAUAUACCGCAAAUGAUAUAAUUUGAGGUAUAUGUACUUAUUAAUUUCAAGGCACAGAGAACGUCAAAUCAAAAUGGACGUGUUCAUUAUCACGUCAACAAAAUGGCGACUCAUUUGACAAAGAAAUGGAUUACAAUUUUUUUUUGUCAUUUGGAAUUUCAAAUUCUGCAUACGAAUCUACGUUUAAAUUAAUUUUGAAGACAGCGCCAUCUGUUAUUGUUUUCCUGUUACUAGUUGCGCCACACAAUCCGAACGAUCCGAGGCUGGUGUAAGCUUUGCUGUCAAAAAAUACUCAAAAAACAAAAACAAUGUGAUGUAAAACUUUUCUAAAUGCUUACAAACGCUUUCGUGGCUACUAAAAUAAGUACGUAUAUAUAUCGUGUAAGUUUAAUUAAAAUAUUUGCUGCUAAUUCUAAAUGAAAGGAGAUUACAAUAAAUAUUUUUAUGCUUUCAUCAAAUGUUGUUAGCAGCAAAUAUGAACGUAGCUCUUGCUGUUCGUCUCUUUCUCUCAAUCGAAUAGAAUAUAGAGCGAAAGAGACAGAAAUCGUUCGAGGGUUACGUUCGGAGGUGAUAAAAAAUAUAAUCGUCAUGACAAUGUGUAUACAUACUCCACUUAUGUAUGUGAAUGUGUUUUUGUAAAUCAAAUAUCAAAUUCACUCAUAUCUGCUUAGAUAUUAAUUAAAUAUAUUAAGUGUAAGUUGAGUCACUAAAUGCUUCUCGUCAAUACAUUUUAAAAUUCUGUUUGCUUUGAUAAACAGCAAUGUGUUAAUUGAAUGAAUUCAUGAGAGAUUUGAUUUGAUCUGAAAAUAAUACCUUAUUUAUAAAGUCGUAAAGUCUAAAUCACACAAUAUUCUUCAAAUCGUUACUGUUUUUCAAUUAUUAUAGUAUUGUUCAUUUGAAAAAGGAGUCAAAUUUUAAUUCGCUAAUGUCUAAAUUGACCAGUACGGCAAUUUAUAUUUUAAUAGAACAAAGUUUGAUUUGAUGCUGUUUUACAAGUACUUAUUCGAAUU